AUGCAGUUCUUCGCCGUCGCCGCUUUCGUCGCCGCUGCCUCUGCCAGCACCGUCUUCACGGUCUCCGACUUCUCUGCCGGAUGCAUCCCCCACAGCACCCAGUGCUCUUACAACUUCGGUGUCAUCCAGGCUGGUAACGGCGAGACUACUCCCGUGGCCUGCUCUGCCAUGGUCGCCGCCAACACCGACGGCUCUCUGCCCGAGGUCAAGGCCGGCACCUGCAAGGACUCUGCCCGCACCUUCACCGUCACCAAGGGCGCUGAUGGCCUGACCCUCACCGUCACCCAGCCCAUCACCCCCUCCAGCAACCAGUCUGGCUCUCACCUGCUCGCCAACAGCGACCUCAAGACCUCCAACGCCCCCAACGCCGAGGUCCAGAGCUACGCUGGCCCCACUGGCUUCGACCUCACCUCUUAA